AUUAUUUUCACGGAGGGGCCAUAUGAGAUUGAAAGCGAUCAGAUCAAAAGUGUGACGUCAAAUACUGAUGAAAGCAUUCCUUUCAUGGAGGGGCCACAUGAGAUGGAAAGCGAGCAGAUUGAAAGUGUUAUGACAAAUACUGAUGAUAUUCUUUCGAGUGUACCUGUCUCACGCUCUGCAGAGUACUUCCAAGUCUUUCCCAGAAAUUAUAGAGAGAUCCGAAAACUGAAAACAACAAUCAACUCCUUGAGAAGCAAAAUAAAUGGUAUAUCGAAUAUUUGUUUAUAUAAAUUUCGGAUGAGAUUUGACGUCCAAGAACUUUUAAAUAAAGAUCCAAAACACGCAAUAGACAACAACAAUGCCAGACACUUGCCAAUAAACCACAUUAUUGCGAAUUCAGAAAGUAACAUCACCAAACUAUCAAGUGAAAACCAAAAUGAGAUCAGGUUGAAAAUGGCGAACACAUUACAAUCCCACUACAACAAGGUCAAAAACUCGAGACUCAAUCCUACGCAACAAAAAAUGCUGAACGAUUUCAAAAGAACCAAAAAGUUCAUAAAUGACAACCCACAGAUUAUAAUUACAAAACCAGACAAGGGUAACUCAACGGUUGUAAUGAACGAGUCCUCCUACACAUCCAAGAUGGAAGAAUUGCUGAGCGACGCAACAACAUAUAAAUCAAUAAAGAAGGACAUCACGAACACACUAACUGCACGGAACAAUACAUUUAUCAAGGAUUGGGAAAAAAGAGGAUUCAUAUCACCCCAGAUAGCGAAGUCCCUACUUAUACACAACAGCAUACCUCCCAAUAUAUAUGGUCUCCCAAAAAUCCACAAGACCAACAUACCAUUAAGGCCAAUAAUUUCUCAUACCCAGUCACCAUUAUACAAACUGUCAAAACAUCUUUCCUCGGUAUUAUUCAACGUAGUAAACAAAAAUGUUUACCACACAAAGAACUCCUUUGAUCUCAAAGCAUCAUUAGACGGGCUACACAUACCAACACAUCAUGGAUUGUUUUCCCUAGACAUUGUUCCACUGUACACCAACAUACCCACAGAACUGGUUCCAAUAAUAAUAGAGAAAAAAUGGCCCUUAAUAGAACCACAUACAUGCAUACCAAAAGACGAAUUCAUUAAGGCAGUUAAACUCACGUUAGAAACUUGUCAUUUCCAAUACAAAAACGUUUUCUAUCUACAAAUAUAUGGAGUAGCGAUGGGAAGCCCAAUAGCAAGCACAAUUGCACAACUAGUACUCGAAUACCUUGAGGAAGAAAUAUUAGCCAAUUCAAACUACGACAUUACAAUCUUUAAAAGAUACGUCGAUGACUGCCUAAUAAUAACAUCUGAACAACAAGUCCAAGAAAUACUAGCACACCUUAGUGGAUUUCACAAUAAAAUACAAUUCACCAUAGAAAAGGAGAAAAACAAUUCGAUCAAUUUCCUCGAUAUCACCAUUAUCAGGAAUAACAAUAAAUUGGAAACCAAAUUAUACAGGAAACCAACGAACACAGACUGGAUAUUGGAUUACAACUCAGCACACAGUGAGAGGCAAAAAAGGGCAAUUAUAACGAACUACAUAGACAGAGCAAUAAAGGUAGCAUCACCAAGAUAUAGACCAACAAUUCUAGAGGAAACAAUCACACUUCUAACGAAAAACAAUUACCCGAUUAAUAAGAUCAAAAGGAUAUUGAAACAUCGAACACAUAAAUUAUACAACACACUUGAUACGACAACAAAGAAGGAACCGACAACAUACAUACCAAUACCAAAUAUUCCACAAUUAUCCGAAAAAAUCGAAAAUAUACUUCGACCGUACAGUAGCAUCAAAAUAGCACAUAGACCACACUUACAAAUAAAACAAGUAUAG